AUGGCAAAGAAAAUGUUCUUGGCUUUGUUUAUAAUAACAUCAAGUUUUGUCAAGGUUCAGACGGAGAGAAGAACAUUAACUUACGGUAAGUUACAUCCCGCUAUCUCAAGGGGAAAAAAUAUUGUCUAACUAGCAUCAUCAUAGGAUGAAAAGAUUGUUUAUUCCGGAGUGUUUUCGGUAUAAAUGUGUUGAAAUGUAUCUUAGGUACUUUAUUUUAUUUAUUUAUUUUGUUUUGUUUUGUGAUCAAUAAUUAAAUAACUUGAAGUGUAACUUGAAGCAGACACGAAGCGUCCUCCCGCCUCUACAUGGGCUGAUGAAUUGAAUUAUCGUUGCUCUGAGCUAAGAAUUCCAGUCAAACGAUUCAUAAAUCUGCACUAGUUAAAACUCUUUCUUCUAAAACCAUUGUCGUUCUUCUUUUUGCAGUUACUAUUCAUGAGCUUUCAAUAGAGAAGAAAGUGGUUGACCUUGCUGUCAACGAUAGUUCUAUUGUUAAAAAUGUUUCAGUUGUGUUGAAAAGGGUCAGCCAUAAUGACAAUAUCGCUUUAUUAAACCAAGGUAAGAUAUGAGGGGGUAAGAAAGUAAAUAAAUAAGCACACAUGUCAGCAAGUAAAGAUUUCAUGUAACUACUCAUUUUUUUACAUUGUCAAAUCUCUUCCCUUGAAAAAUUAUCAUCAUCAUCAUCUAGCCUCCUAAUAAUAAUGAUAAUAAUAAGAACUUUAUUAAUCUCCUCAAAAAGGCUUUCAGCUUAAUUUACAAUGUCAAAUAUCUAAAACUUAGUUUUCCAAAAAUACCCUUAAAAAAUGCUGUUCUAUUUUUACUUUAAAUACAUCUAAAUUAGUGAUAGAUUGAAGCUCGUCUGGGAAACUAUUCCACAGCUUUUGGCAUCUGAAGAUAAAAGCGCGCUGACCUGCAGCCGUCCUACAGAGUGGUAUUUGUAGGCGGUCCCUUGUGCACUUCCGAUCUGGUUUUAAACUUCUGACAAAGAUAUGGAGGUGCAAGUCCAUUUAAGCACUUAAAUACGCCUCUUACGCAGGCGUUUUCAGAGGAUGCUCAGCCGAAGACAACAUUCCUUUCCCAAGCUCAGCCAAUCACGUUGUACUUUCCAAAUUCCGGAAAGCUGACCUUGACCGUAGGGUUACCUGAUAAUUAAGCGAUCUGCAUGAAACUUUGAGAAACCUUCAUGACCUGUAAUAAUUGUUAGACUAAGAGCGGCAAAAAUAAGAUUUACUCAGUCAGAUUUUAGAAUAUAUUCUCCGUGCACUGCACAACCUUAGCGAAGGAAAGAAAAGAAGGAAAAAGGUAACUCCCCCGAGCUCCCCUAAAAACGCCUGCGUGGAUGGCUACAUCAUCAUCAUCAUCAUCAUCAUCAUUAUCGUUAUCAUUAUGAUUACUAUUUUUGAUCCUUUUUUCAGCUUUAGUGUUUGUGCAAGAAGAUGUCAUUGCGCUGAUCGAGGGAAGCCAUAUUAAUAAGUCUGACACUUGCGCACUGUCUGCAGUAACUGGUAUUCCUGUUAUCAGCCUCAGUAGAGACACUAGACCAAUUAAUGAAUGUACAAAAUCAGUCCAAAUGCAUCCAGGAUACAAGACUUUCGCUCAUGCUACUCUAGACGUCUUAAACACAUUUAAGUGGGAAAAGAUAGCACUACUUUACGACGGUAAAACUAAUCUAACGGAUUUUAUUUUAUGAAAGAACUGUGUAUAAUUGUCAGCCGCAUAAGGUUGCAUUUUUUUUGUUCUGUUUUGUUUUAAUUUGCCUCUUAUCGUCUACCACAUAAUGCAUACAAAAUACUUUCCAAUUUUGUUUCCCGGUUCGGCAUAAAGAAAGGGUAUUCACACUGACGCAAUGUUACAAAUGGGGCAAAAUAAAAUUUAGUUCGCAAUUUAAAUGACUUUUUUAUUGUCUAUUGUUCAUUUAAUUAUCUGAAUUAUUAUUUUCUUUCCAGCGGAUCGCUUGCAGGAAGCUGGCUACUUCUACUUCAUCUCCCAGGGAUCUGAGCUCACCGUGACUUUUGUUCCGAUUCCUGAGAAACAGAAAGUGGAGGACAAAACCAAACCAAUAGCAACGGCAAUGAAUCAAAUAGAAAAGCUUGAACUGGACGUUAUUUUACUUUAUACUAAAAAGGAAAAUGUGGAACUGUUUUUGAAACAGGUAAAAAUCCUCCCCUUAACUAUUAAUGGUGACACUAACUUUGAAACUAUGUAAAUGAGUACCUGCAAUAAAAGUUACCUCUUGUAACCGGCAUGCGAUUGAAACCUGCCUCUAAAAUCAUGCAUAUUUAUCUAGCAUUAAAUUCUGAAUUUCUUUAAUGAGUUGUAAAUUACCUUGUUCGGCUACCUUUUUUUAUCUUUCAACAUGAUCUACCUUUGCUUCUGUAGAAGAGAUGCGAAAAUAUGAAGGGCUAUAAAUGGAUACUUCAAGGACAGGUUUGUUAAUGUCCUAAAAAAGAAAAGUUUAUAAAUUUCAGUGAGACUAUUUCAGCGAAAAAAAGAUGAAUCCUUAUUAUCCACUAAUUAUAGUUAUUAUAAUAAAUUCAACAUGUUGUAAAUAUUUCUUCAUUGUCAGGAAUGUUCCAUACAAGUGGCUGCCAACUAAGGAUGCACUUUCAGGCCUUUUUUGUAAGAGGGGCUUUGCCAGAGCCUUUUACAGGAACAUUUUGUAUCCAAUGGAUGAGUUUUAGUGACAAAAUAAGAUUUAUCUGAUCCAUGACCCAAUUUUUGAGCAAAUUAACGACGUCUGGCGAAAUGAGUUGUCUUUUUAAGCGUACGUAGUUUUAGAAAAUAAAGAUAAUCGGAGGGCAGACGUUCAUUUUUAAGCAUUUUCUUUCACUGCAGGUACCAGGAAACCUAAGUAGUCGACCAGUACAUGUGGUUUUAACAUUCAAGCUUCCGUAUAAUGAGAAACUGGCUCCCAAAGAACUGCUCUCUAUCAACCAUUCUCAAAAGGUAGGAAAACAAAUCUGCAAAUAGUCGAAUUCAGCUAAAUUUAUUCAGCCAUUCAAACAUUCAAACAAACAAUAUUUUCCAGACUUGUGUCUAUAUAAUAAAUAACAAUUAUUUUUCCUUUUGAGGUAAAAUCCACGACUAGCCACCGAUACUGAGGUGAAUAAUUGUUUUAGAACAAAAAAAUGAAUUUUUAACUCAAAUACUGUUCCAUGAAUAUUCGACUAUUGUUUUUAACUUCGGCUUUUUUUGUAUUUAAAAUCGAUUUCUAAAUUUAGUUUUAACUUAAUGAACAAUUUUAAAGUAAAAACUUAAACUUAAUUUGCAUUUGUAAACAAAAACUUUUUUUCACUGGUUUAUAUAAUCAAAAGACAAAAGUUAAAAAAUAUUUCAUUUGAAACAGGAAUUAGUUUGCUUUGUUUGUUUGCCAUUUUGCUCAUUACGCGAGUUUGGCGUCGUGCUCGGAGGAAAGUGAAAUGAAUAGUGCAGGACUCGAAAAAAAAAUCCACUGGAAUCAUGUUUAUCAAUAAACUGCUCGGCAGUGCAAGUAAUCAAGCAGACUUAGAAAGACAAUAAAACACUGUUUUCAUGCAUGACAAAGGUAAGCUAAUUUCUUUGAUUUGUCAAUAUUUUUCUUUAUUUGUAUAUGAACUCAUAUUUUUCGGUUUUCCGAGUGUUUCAAUGUGUUUUCAAUAGGUUUUGAUGUUGUUGUAGUCGAUUAUCUUUUUUUGGUUCUCAUGUUUUUUUAUUUUGUUUGUUCCUCGAACUAAUAGGUGUUUCUUAAUUUUUUUUUUCCUUCUUUUUGAUAUUUAAACUGAUGGCAUAGCCAACAUCCGUUUACUUUACCACAAUAAUGGAGAAAUUUAUAGAAACAUUUAGAGCCAUGUUUACCGCAAACGGCAAACGCAAAUUUGUGCCACGUGACCAAGUUUUCCCUUUUCUUGUAUUUAACUAUUCUUUACUUCUACAAAAAAAGUAGUAGUUUCACAAUUUUUUGCAUUCAUAAGAAUUGAACUGUUUUUAUCCGCCCAUAUUCUAUUUUGAGAAAUCUUAACUCGAGUCUGCCGUUAAUUUGGCGUUUGCCGUGAUGCAUGACUCUAGAUCUCUCUGUUAUGAGAUAGAUAGAUUAAGUGCUUAGAUGGUUUAAUUAUGAAAAUCACUUUACAUUGCAGCCAUUGCAGCUGAUUACGUAAUUUUACAAUGAAUAUAUUCAUCUAAAAAUGAUAUACUAAGACUAGACUUGUUUAAUCUAUGAAAUAUGAAAUACAUCCAAGAUUCCAAUGAAUUUUUUUUUUAAAGUUGAAUCCGUUGGUAGUUGUAGAUUUCAGGUCGUCAUCUCUACAUUCUUGCAUGCGUAAUGAGCUGUAAGCGAGGCAGUUAAUAUGAAAUUUCUACCUGCUCAGUUUCCCUGAAUUGAUGUAAUUGUCUUCAAGGCAAUUUUAUCCAUUCAAAGAUUUUCGAUCAAAUACAAAAACGUUCUCGUAGAAUAUUCACACAGGAAUACGUAUUUGAAUUUGACAUUAGUUACACGAAACAUUAACGGAUUCAUUUUUCAAAUAAUCAAUUCAUUAAUAGAAUCUUAGGGGGUACGCUUUUCCUGCCUUAACUUAACGUGAAACAAUAUUGCAUUUUUAGCACAUCGAAUGUAUAAGUUGUGGUUCAGUUUUAUCCUUGGUUUAAAUUUUAUUUCCCUUUGAUUUAAGGUAAGCAACAUUACCAUACCCAAAAAACAGGGGGAAAUAAUAUUUGAACCAAGGAUACAAUUGAAUCACAACAUAUAUCAACAGGUAACCUUUGAUGGUGUAACAGGACCUGUCAGAUUUAGCCAGGAUGGAAAGAGAGCAGGAGCACAACUGGAAAUCUUGAAUCUGAGAAACGGUUCAUUUAGAAAAGUAAGUACCAAGAUCAAGUGCAUGGUCAACAAGUUACUUCACAGUGGGCAUAUAGGAAGCCAAAAAGUGCAUCGUAUGAACUGCUUUUGCAUUUUUUAUUUGUUUGAGCUCAAACUUUGCAUGAUGGUAGAAAUUUGUAUUGCAAAAUAUCCUAUGCUUUUGUUUUUCGAAUUCAACGUUUUUUUAGCGGAAAAAUGACGUCACAAGAUUGACAGCAAAAUUAAAAUUUCCAGAUAUGGUAAACAAAUAUAUAAUUUUUAAAAAAGCGCGACGCGAUAGAAUAAAACGUGAACGAUUUUUUGCCCUGUGCACACGGAGAGUGCAAAAACAAAGUAACACUUCGCAGUGGUAGCAAUUUGUUCAUGUUACCCAGUGACCAAAACUGAAAUACGUUAGCGAACAGGCUGGAAUAUCGAUUGUUAAUUUAACUUCAAAUUAAAGAGAAAUUACUUAGUACUGUUAGCAUUUACUUCAAGGAAUGUAUCGCCACUGCAUAAAUGAAUCACCUUCCUUUUUUAAUUUAUGCCUUUAUACUACUACAUGAGAAAUUUCUGCAAUUAGAUUGCCUCAGAGCAAUGGUAUUUCAGCUCAAUUUGAAAUAAUGUACAUGUGAAAAUUACAAAACCUUUGAGGGUAGUAGUAUAAACAAAUUAUGCCAUGAUUUGUACGUGACAUUUGCCAUAAAUACUACCCAUGAUAUUUCAAAAUUGUCAUAUAACAAUUUCGAAAUAUCACUCGUGGUAUUUAUGCCAAAUAUCAUUACAAAUCAUGCUAUUACCUAUACAAAUUAUGCCCAUAACCAUUUUUCAUUCUAGAACAAAAUUUCAUUUUCAGUAGUGGAUGCAAAACUGAAAAGUAACAUUUCCAGAGCUUGCUUUAUUUUAUUCUAUUUUAUUCCGGCUUUAUUUAUUUUUGUUCUGUUAGGUAGGGUCUUGGAAUUCAAGUGAGAAAGCUGUUAUGUUUGAAAAUAUCCACUCUAAUAUGUAUGACGCAGACAAAUUUAAAGGACGCACAAUGGAAGGAAAAAUUCUCAGAGUUGUUGUUUCAGAGGUAAUAUAUAUACAAGCACAAUGUGCUGCGUAAAUGUUCCUCAAACGACUAUCUUGGGCCCUCCGUGACCGGAGAGAGAAGUAAAUUUAGUCGAACACAAAUCAGCUGAGGUGAAAACGAUUUGAGACUCGAUUUGGAAAACUGUCCGCACCUACCACUGAAAAGAAUCCUGGCAAGUACAGUACCAAUAGUGUAAAUGCCUUGAUAGUGAAGUUAACUUUAUGCAGUAAGCUACUGUACAUCGCCUCGUUUCCAGUCCCUCCCAUUAAUUAACUUUUAAUAACUUUAUGACGUCACAACGAGACGGCAAUUCAGACAUUGGGGUGAAUUUUGUACAAUUCUUUUCAUUUUUAAAGUUAAGUGUGGACCUUUUUAAAAACUUGUUUUAAAAUGUCAACUAAAUCAAAGGCCAUAGUUUUAGAGAGAAUUUGUGAUCUGAAGAAAACAUUCUAAAAUGAUACUGUAUUAAAGGUAUGUUAUAUAUGAGGUGUGUAACUAGUGUAAUAUCCGUGACAGUAUCUGCUUAAAGAGUUUUUAAAAACUCUUACAUAAACACAGGAUGAGCCAUUUGUCAUGCUCAAACGACAGGAAGAUGGACUUGUUGCAUAUGAAGGAUACUGCAUUGAUCUGCUAAACGAACUUGCCAAAACACUGCAUUUCACUUAUAAUAUCAAACCUUCUCCCGACGGGUUUUUCGGCGUCGAAACGAUAAAUGGAUCCUGGAAUGGAAUGAUAGGAGAACUACUAAACAAGGUAAGAAACAAAAAACAAACUCUCCCAGAUCGAGGUGCCCGACAGGUGCCCCAUUUCUCUUAGGAAACUUUCCAUGGGCACUAAAAGAUGCAUGGAGGCAUCAUUCUUUUAUAAAAACGGAAAUUGAAGUGCAACGCAUGAUCCUCGAGAUACAAAAGAUCAAACGUUGGGGCAUCUAAAAUUAAUUGUUCGACAGUCGUUCUUACUAGAAGGCACCAAACACAUAAAUCACACCUGCUGAGAAGUUACAUCGUCUUAUUCAAUGAGGGAAAAUCCCUUUACUAAAAAUUAUAAAUUAAAUAAUCUUUGGUUAAUUUUUGACAGUAUCUAAUAAGUGGAAGGCUGACUGUGACCGUUUCUCUGACGUAUUUUUCUUUUUCAUCUCUAAAGCGUGCAGACAUUGCCGGAGCUCUGACCAUCACUGAAGGCCGAGAAAAAGUGGUAGACUUCGCUGUUCCCUUCAUGUAUUUCACUGAAGAUAUGCUACUCAAGAAAACAUCAUUCAACAACGGGUCGAUUGAUUUUCUAAAGUUCUUAAAUCCUUUUCACAGCGACGUUUGGUUUGCUUCUCUGGCCACCCUGGUAGUGAUUUCCGUUUCAACUUUUGUGAUAAACUACUUGAGCCCAUACGGUUACAAAGGUGCAAAUGGCCGAGGGACCUCUGAGGAGUUUAGUUUCUUUAACAGCGUGUGGUUUGCAUUGGCUUGCAUGCUGCAGCAAGGGUCUGAGAACCAGCCACGAUGCCUGUCAGGUGCUUUGGAGAUGUUGUUUGUUCGCAUUCGAAACACAGUCGAUGUUCGGAAAAUAAAAUUUGCUUUUUAAUAAUGGUCCUAGCUAUUAAUUCACAAUAUCGAUAGGUCUUAUGCUACUCUAGAGUCAGUAAUAAUUGCAUAGUUUUAUGUUAAGUACCUUUUUCGUUUUUCGCUUUUAUAGGUCGCAUUCUUACCGGGUGUUAUUGGUUUUGCAUUCUUGUCUGGGUUUCAACAUACACUGCAAAUCUCGCUGCAUUUUUGACUGUGAAAAAUGCCGUGGCUCCCAUCAAUAACCUGGAAGACGUAAUAGCAUCAUCCUAUCAAGUCACCACACUAGAUUCAGGAAGUAUCUACGAGUUUUUCAAGACGAGCAAAUAUCAAACUCACCGACAGAUUUGGCACAGAAUUCAAGCUGGCAAAUCUUUUGUUCGAAACGUAAAUGAGGCUGUUCAGUUGAUUCGUGAAAAGGAUGACCGUGUGUUUAUUUAUGAUGGACCUGUUAUUCGACAUAUUGCCAACAAGCCACCCUGCGAUCUAACAACAGGUAAUUAGGUUUAAUCUAGAACACUGCAAUGUGAACGUGAGUAGAAGUGAAUUUUUUUUUUUUUUAAUAAAUAAAUAAAUAAAACGCGAUCGGAAGUGUUAAGGGGUUAGGACGGGACCAAGGUGGCUAGAUUUGUUUGUUUUUGAUUUGUUUCUGUUGUGCGAGUUUUGUUACGCUCUUUUAUGCACUUAUUGUCGGAGCCAAAGGGCCGGGAAACUAUUUUGAAAUAUGACAACCUCCCUUAUAUCUGUUUCAUACUCUUUCAUUAAUUUACAGUGUAGUGUUUUGGUUUCCUGGAAUGGAUUGUCGCGCGCGGUGCAGCCCGAGCGGCCAAUAGGCAGUUGGGGCAAUUUGGCAUUUCAGUAUUUGGGCACAUGGAACUUACUGCAAUGAUUUGCUUGAGUGGCCACCAAACAAUAGCUACCAUUGCGCAAUUCCUCACAAUGCCCAAAGCAACCUUCCUUGAAUCAACUAUUUAUCAGUAGACAAUGUUCUGCAAUUUUUAAAAUUGCACACGGAACCAUGCCUUGCCUGAACUGGAUCAAAGGAAUGAUCAAAAUUUUCAAAAAAUUUAACAUUUCUUUUUUUUUUUUAAGUUAAUACAGUCAAAUCUCUCUAAGACGGACACCUUUGGGACCGGCACUAAGUCUCCGUCCUAGAGAGGUGUCCGUCUUAUGGAGAGUCAAAUAAAGGGGGUAAAGAAAGGCAGGGACCAACUCUAAGAGUCCGUUUUAAAGAGGUGUCCGUCUUAUAGAGGUGUCCGCUAAGAGAGAGUCGACUGUAUUCUGCCUUUUUAUGGGAAAAAAGUGCAAAACAUGCUAAACUGAUGAAUGAAAAACUCUCUCAGUGCCAGGUUUAACCAACGUGAGAGGAGUUGGUCUCGCUUUUCAAGCGAAUGAUCCUUAUGUCACAGAUUUUACACUGGCCAUUUUGCGUUUCCAAGAGAACGGUUUCCUAGCAAACCUGGAACGUAAAUGGUGGGAAUCUUCCUCUGGAUGCCCUAAAGAACAAGACACAGGUAAAAUAAUUUAGUGUGCUUAAUCCUCACAGGGAUUUGACGUGGCUAAACACUUCUCUAAAAUUGCGUUAUCCUUUAAUAUGUACGAUAUUAGAAUUAAUCGUUGACUUUUUUUCCAAUUAACGAUCCACAACCUAUCAAACUGGAAACCAUAUUCAAGAGCAGCUUUAGAUGCGGUUUCCAAAUUUGCAUGUUUAAGAAAUAAAGGCCCGCCAAAGCAUAGUGAAUGGCCUGACGACUAUUAGAGGGAGAUAUAGCCAUGCUAUUAAGAAAACCCGGUAUGAAAGUUGGAAUUAUCCAUUUUCACACUGCCCCUGGCAAUAAUACACCCUGACGCCCACCCUGACCAUAAUCACCAUGUUUCUGCUGCUGGAUUUUUCCUGGUGUACCUACAUCGUGAUUGAACGCUUCAUUCGCAAAUGUAGCGUCCCAACUGUACAAUGGAACCACGAUAUAAGGAGCCUCUCUAUAACGAAGUUCAUAGUAUAAUGAACAUUUUUCUUUACCCCGGUAACAGUAAGUAAAAUAUAUGAAAAAGGCCCCCGAUAUAACGAAACCUCGUUAAAGUAGCGAACAAAUUUACCAGUUCCUUGGCCAUUCGUUAUAACGGGUUUCCACUGUAUUUUUGAUGUUCACGAAUUUUUUUUUUGCAUGUAUUCGUUGAAGUGUUGUCAGGAAAACGAAUCAACUUAACAAGUAUGGCGGGAGUAUAUGUUGUCUUGGGCGUUGGACUGGUUGUGGCAUACUUAGUGCUGAUUGCAGAAAUUAUCUGGAAACGAAAAUAG